CAAAUCAUCUUCUUCAGUUUUGUUUUUAGUUCAUCACAUGGAUCAUAGCUCUGUUUGUGGAUAAUAGAACCAAUCAGUUAUCUUUUCAGAAAGAGUUGGAAAGCUAUAUCCGAAUCCAUCGCCGUUGCGGUCAUGGUUCCGUCAUCUACCUAAAGAUGCGUGCCUGUUUAUUUCUUUAUCCGUGAUCUGUUAGAUUGGCAGUGGCGGAUUGAAAGCUUUGAGUGCUCAUGGAUUCCUCGGUGGCUCGACGUCGCCUACGGGCUAUUCAGGAUCAUCUUGUUCCCGCCGACGACUUAUCUUAUUCUCAGCUCCGGCUCAAUGCUACUGCUGGCGAGUUUUUUAACGUGGAUGGCUACAGUGUUGUGCUUCCAGAGAAAUUGCAGACUGGCAAGUGGAAUGUAUAUAGAUCUGCUCGGUCUCCGUUGAAGCUCGUGGAUAGAUUUCCUGAUCAUCCUGAAAUUGGUACACUGCACGAUAAUUUUACGCGUUCAGUUGAUGUAUAUAGAGACUAUAAAUAUCUAGGUACCCGGAUCCGAUAUGAUGGAACAGUUGGAGAGUACAAAUGGAUGACAUAUGGAGAAGCAGGUACUGCUCGGACAGCAUUAGGUUCUGGCCUUGUAAAUCACGGUAUACCAAAGGGAUCUUGCAUCGGGUUAUAUUUCAUCAAUAGACCUGAGUGGCUUGUUGUUGAUCACGCCUGCUCAGCAUAUUCUUACAUAUCAGUUCCUCUAUAUGAUACUCUUGGUCCUGAUGCGGUCAAGUACAUUGUAAAUCAUGCUCUUGUACAAGUUAUAUUUUGUGUUCCACAAACAUUGAAUAUUCUAUUGAGCUUUUUAUCAGAAAUUCCAACUGUACGCCUGAUUGUGGUUGUAGGUGGAAUAGAUGAUCAAAUACCAUCGCUUCCAUCAUUGUCUGGGGUGCAGGUUCUAACAUAUGCAAGUUUGCUUGGUCAGGGUAGCAGCAACAUCCAGUCUUUUUGCGCGCCAAAACCUGAUGACAUUGCAACUAUUUGCUACACGAGUGGUACAACUGGGACCCCAAAGGGUGCUGUUCUGACACAUGGGAAUUUAAUUGCAAGUGUUGCUGGAUGCUCUCUUGCCUUAAAAUUAUACCCCUCAGAUGUCUACAUAUCAUACCUCCCCUUGGCACAUAUAUAUGAACGGGCUAACCAGGUCUCAUCGGUUUAUUUCGGGGUUGCUGUUGGUUUUUACCAGGGGGAUAAUAUGAAAUUAAUGGAUGAUAUGGUCGCAUUAAGACCUACGAUCUUCUGCAGUGUUCCCAGGCUGUACAACAGAAUAUAUGCUGGAAUUAUUAAUGCUGUAAAGACCUCUGGUGUGCUGAAGGAGAGACUGUUUAAUGUCGCUUAUAAUUCCAAGAAGCAAGCAAUAAUGAGCGGAAAAAUUCCAUCUCCCAUCUGGGAUAAAUUGGUGUUUAAUAAGAUAAAGGCAAAGAUCGGAGGACGGGUUCGUGUAUUGGCGUCAGGUGCCUCACCGUUGUCUCCUGAUAUACUGGAAUUUUUAAAAAUCUGCUUUGGUGGUUUAGUAUUUGAAGGGUAUGGAAUGACGGAAACAUCUUGUGUUAUAAGUGCUAUGGACCCAGACGACACCCUUUGUGGUCAUGUUGGGGCUCCUAAUCCGGCUUGUGAAAUAAAGCUCGUGGAUGUUCCAGAGAUGAAUUACACAUCUGAUGAUCAGCCCUAUUCUCGUGGUGAGAUCUGUGUCAGAGGCCCCAUUGUUUUCAAAGGCUAUUUCAAAGAAGAAGUGCAGACGAGGGAGGCUGUUGAUGAAGAUGGCUGGCUCCAUACGGGAGAUAUUGGAUUAUGGAUGCCUGGUGGUCGUUUAAAAAUUAUCGACAGGAAGAAGAACAUCUUUAAGUUGGCUCAGGGAGAGUACAUUGCACCAGAGAAAAUUGAGAAUGUGUAUGCGAAGUGCAAGUUUGUUGCCCAAUGCUUUGUUUACGGUGAUAGCUUCAAUGCAUCUCUGGUAGCUGUAGUCUCAGUUGAUUUGGAGACGUUGAAAGCAUGGGCUUCUUCUGAAGGCAUUAAGUACAAUGAUCUAAACCAACUCUGCAAUGACCCGAGAGUAAGGGCUGCAGUCUUGGCCGACAUGGAUGCCGUUGGAAGAGAGGCACAGUUGAGAGGUUUUGAAUUUGUAAAAGCUAUCACUUUGGUCCAUGAGCCUUUCACGUUGGAGAAUGGUCUUCUCACUCCUACAUUCAAGAUCAAGAGACCCCAAGCCAAGGAAUACUUUGCCAGCUCAAUAUCGAGAAUGUACGCCGAGCUUGCUUCAUCUGAUCCAUCCUCCCAGAAGAUGUAGCUCUCACUCUCCAUCCCUAUCUUCUCCUUGAAAAAGGUAUAGCGAAGUUGAAUCUCUUAAGAUCUCGAAAACGAAAGAGGACGAUGGAAAAUUCUCAUUGUCUAAGUCUCGAUAGUUCGUCCAAGAAAGAGGACGAUAGAAAUCGUUACUAUUUUAUAUAUUUGAGUAAUUUUUGCAGUUCAUUUUAUUGAAUAAAUUUGAUUACUUCAAAUCUUCUUUCAGCUUGGAGUAAAAUAAGUUAGAUGAUUGUGCUUCUGCU